AUCUGAAAGAAAGUAAAAAUAAAUGAAUACAAUACAAUAAGUACUUUUUUUAUUGGUGGCAAAAGUAAGGAUCCUAAAUUUGGAUUUUUCUUUCAUUAAUAAUCUUUAAUCUGGAAAUAAGUAUGGAGAAAAAAUGAUUAAUAAAGCUAUCUUUAUGGAAAAGAGUAAACUCUCAGAUGGUUGCUGAAAUAAGGUUGAACACUCCAAAGUUGGAAAUAGUUAUUUUAAAAGAGAAGAUUUUUUUAAAAGCUUUUUCCAUUGCAUGGAGCUUGUGGUGAGAGGGGGGAAUAAUUGCAAACAAGAAAAGUGUGCUUUCAUCUUGAAGAAACACCAAACGCCUCUAUUGAGCAAAAUACUUCCAUUCGUAUAACGAGUGAAAAAAAAUAAAAGAAAUUUAGUUUGGAUAUGAAAGGAACGUAGAGCCCCUUCUUUCAUAGUAAACAGAACACUGCUCUGAGAACUAGAAUCCUGCAAGUAUGGAAACAGCACUUCCCGAAAUACAAGUGGAAAGCAAGGAUCAUUCACAAAUUCAUAGUUCAAAUGAGCUUAAGACAGAAGCCAAUCCUCAGAAUGAGAAGCCGGUUGAAAAGUCAUCGUUUCUUUGUUUUAAAAGAAAAAAGAAAGUAGUUAAAGCGUCGAAGUUCUCAAAAGACGAUUCUGAGCCAGACUCUGCGGCUCAGAAGUUUCAAAGUCAGGGCAGCAACAUGGAUCACACAAAAGCAGAUGUUUCCGAUCAGUCUCCGAUACCACAAGGAGCUUGGGCUGCUAUCAAACAUCUGGUUCCCCAUAGGAAAAGGUCAAGUUCUUCUUCAAAGAAGCAAAGGUGCUCUGAGGCUACUGAGCAGCUGGGGAAAAAGAGUGAUGAUACUCAUGUCACUAAGAAGAAAACUCGUUCAAAAUAUAAAUUUCCCUGCAUCAAGUUUUCAAGAGGCAAGAAAAAACGGGGCGUGAGUGAAAUGACUGAAGAAUCGGACUGCGUGGUAAAAGUAAAAGAAGUGGCAGACAGUUCAGAUAGGAAAACUCAAACUCACCAAGAUGAUUUGACAGUGAAAGGGGAACUUACCACAGAAUUCAGCGGAAGCGCCUCUCGGGAAGAUGGUGAUUUCAUCAGCCCAAACGUUAGCGAUAUCAUCAUUUCUGCUCAGCAGGACGUGAUUUCAGAGGAACACCAAAUAGACGCUGAUCAAAAAAAUCAAGUUGUUCAGGCAGAAACAACCACUAUUGAAAACGAUUCUGGAGACCUAGAGAAAAGCCACGCUGUUCAACUUCAGCAAGAAAGUGUCACUGAAACUCUAAAAGAAUCAGACCAACUGCCUUACACGACAGAUCCCACUAGCUCUGUAGUUUCUGAGAAAUUCCCCCUAAAUUCACCUGAAGUCCCAACAAAAAUCAUGGAAGAGACGAAAACUGUCCUAGAAAAGGGCCCCAGUUGGGAAGACGGUGACAGGGAUUUAAGUCUCUCAGAAAAAAGUGAGACCAAAGCGAGCUCCAGUGAAUCUGAUUUUACAGAGACUGCGGUAAGUGUGAAGCCACUAAAACUAGAAGAAUACAAAAAGAUGGAGCCAAUAGCUAUAAUUAUAACAGACACUGAAAUCUGCGAAUAUGAUGUGACCAAAUCCAGAAAUGUCCCCAAACAGCUCUUGAUUUCAGAACAAUAUGAAACACUCUUAAUAGAAACUGCUUCCUCACUUGUCAAAAAAGCCAUUCAGUUGUCAGUCGAACAGCUGGUUAAUGAAAUGGCUUCGGACAAUAAUAAAAUAAGUAAUUUUCUACAGUGACUUGAAUUCCCAGCAAA